AUGGCAUGUACCCUCGGCAAGACGUCCUUCGCUGUCACGUUGCUUCGGAUCGUGGUCCAGGGAUGGAUGGUUAUCGUGCUAUGGUUCGUCAUUGUUACAAUGAACAUUGUCAAGAUCUUGGCCGCGCUCUUUGUCUUCCUGCAAUGCAAGGAUCCUCGACAUCUGUGGAAUCCGAUGAUUCCAUCAGAGUGUUGGCCGUCGCACGUCUUUACCAAUUUCUCUCUCUUCGUUGGUGCCUAUUCUGGAGCACAAGAUUUCGUCCUAGCACUACUCCCGUGGACGAUUGUCUGGAACUUGCAAAUGAGGAAGAAGGAAAAGCUUGGUGUGGCCUUCGCAAUGAGCCUUGGGAUCUUCGCGGGUGCAGCAUCCAUAGUCAAGACCAUCCACCUCGUGGCGUCUCGGCCAAAUCCGAUUUCACAUGUACAUCACUAG